ACAAAAACCCAAACCAUACUAGAAUUUUGUUUAAUAAAAAAAGAUGGGUUUCAACUUCAUUCCUCUCCUUCUUUUUCUUCCACUUCUAUCAAUCACUAUCUUGUCGGGAUUCGAGCAGACUUUGGCUUCCGACAACACCCUCAUCGUGAACACCAACUACCGCAACAGCACGGAGGACGGUGGGAUGUCGUCGCUGAGAGGCAAGAAGCAGAGGAGUGGAUGUAACUUGUUCCAAGGCCGGUGGGUCUUCGAUGCUUCUUAUCCUUUCUAUGAUUCGUCCUCGUGUCCAUUCAUCGACGGCGAGUUUGACUGUCUCAAGUUUGGUCGACCAGACAAACAGUUCCUCAAGUACUCAUGGCAACCUGAAUCUUGCACUAUCCCAAGGUUUGACGGUGCGGCGUUUCUGAGGAGAUGGAGAGGGAAACGAGUCAUGUUCGUGGGAGACUCACUGAGUCUGAACAUGUGGGAAUCAUUGGGUUGUAUGAUACAUGCGUCGGUACCAAAAGCCAAGACAACUUUGGUUAAGCGAACCCCACUCUCUACUAUCACUUUCCAGGAAUAUGGAGUGACGUUAUACCUAUAUAGAACACCAUACAUAGUGGAUAUAUCCAAAGAGAAAGUAGGGCGUGUGCUUAACCUUGGAGCCAUUGAAGGAGGUGCUAAUGCUUGGAAAAACAUGGACGUCCUUGUUUUCAACUCUUGGCACUGGUGGACUCACAAAGGUCAAUCUCAAGGGUGGGAUUUUAUUAGAGAUGGGUCUUCUUUGGUGAGAGACAUGAACCGUCUUGACGCUUUCUACAAAGGACUUACUACUUGGGGUCGAUGGGUUGAUCAGAACGUCGAUACCACCAAAACCAAAGUUUUCUUCCAAGGCAUUUCCCCCACUCACUACGAGGGAAGGGAAUGGAACGAGCCAAGGAAGAGUUGUAAUGGGCAAAUGCAGCCGUUGGAUGGAUCAAAUUACCCAAGUGGCCAGCCUCCAUCUGCAGGAGUUGUGUCCAAAGUGUUGAGUUCAAUGAAAAAACGUGUGUUCUUGCUAGAUAUCACCACUCUGUCACAGCUGAGGAAGGAUGCUCAUCCUUCUACUUACGGUGGCGAUGGAGGAAAUGAUUGCAGCCAUUGGUGCCUCCCCGGGUUGCCUGAUACUUGGAACCAACUUCUCUACGCAGCACUUUCGAUGUGA